GUCCUCUGUUUGAAUUGGAAUGAGAGAAGCUGUGAGGGAUGAAAAAGGGGAAGGAGAUGAGAGAGUGCAAGAUCAGGAAGAACCAGCUCCCUUGUUUCCUCUCUUUCCUUCUUCACAGACAUCCCACUCCUGCUUCCAGCCAGGACCUACAAACCUGCUCCUCAAGGAAAUGGCUUCCAAACGGCCAAUGGGCUACAAAUGUCGCAUAGCAUUAGUGGUGCUUAUCCUCCUGGCUAGUAUUGCUGCUCUGGUUGCUGUUGCAGUCAUCCAGGACACCUGGGGAACUAAAGAGUACAUGAUGGAGUUUGGUAUAGUGAUAGACUCCGGUUCAUCUCGCUCUAAUGUAUACCUGUACGAGUGGCCAGGGGAGAAGCAGAAUGAAACAGGAGUGGUGACUGAGAAAACAAACUGCAGAGUUGAUGGUGAUGGUAUCUCAGAGAUGAAAGUUGACCCAGAGAAAGACAACAAAUCAUGGCAGGGGUUCAACAAAUGCAUGGAUGACAUCAUGAAACACAUUCCUGAAGAAAAACACAAAACCACGCCUCUCUUUCUGGGAGCUACCGCUGGAAUGAGACUGCUACAUGAGAAGGAUGAACAGAGGUCCAAUGACAUCCUGGCGAGUCUCAGAGAAUACCUCAGCGCUUUGCCUUUCAACUUCAAAAAUGCCGCCAUCAUGACUGGUCAGGAGGAGGGGCUGUAUGGUUGGGUCACUGUCAACUACCUCAUGGAAAACUUCCUAGAGAAAAACCUCUGGAACACGUAUAUUCGCCCAGCAGGGGCACAGACUGUCGGGUCAAUGGAUCUCGGUGGAGCGUCGACACAGAUUGCCUUUGCAGUCCAGGAUGAGCUCAAAGGGCCUGACUACAUGCACAUCAAGCUGUAUGGAUAUCCUUAUAAUGUCUACACACACAGUUUCCUGUGCUAUGGCAAAAAUGAGGCAGAGAAGAGGGUUCUGGACAAAGUAGUUCAGGAAUCAUCCGACCCAUCCUUCAUUAUUAACCCCUGCUAUCCUGAGGGUUACAACGUCACAUUGAAGGCCUCCACCAUUUAUGACACUGAGUGCACAAAGACACCAAAAGACUACAACCCAGAUCAAGAGUUCUUCUUUGUGGGAAUUGGCAAUUCUGACAGAUGUGGCAGCUUAGUGAAAUCAAUAUUUGACUUUGAGACUUGCAACGCAUCUCAGUGUUCCUUCAACGGGGUGGAGCAACCACCGGUUACUGGAGACUUUAUGGCAUACGCAGGAUUCUUCUACACUGCUCGAGCCCUGCUGGUGAACGCCACGGCAAAUUUUGAUCAAUUCAACGCUUCAGUUAGUAAAUUCUGCCACACACAUUGGAAAGUGCUGAAAGAAGAAAAGACAUGGAUCUCUGACAGAUAUCUCAGGACGUACUGCUAUGCUGCUCAUUAUGUCUUCUCUUUGCUGGCAGAUGGAUACAAGUUUGAUGAAAAGACUUGGAAUAAUAUUAAAUUUGAAAAACAGGUAAAGAACACCAGCAUAGGUUGGAGUUUGGGCUACAUGCUGACUAUGUCCAACAUGAUCCCGUCUGAAGUGAAAACAACACCCCCCCUGGCAAACCCUGUCUUUGCCGGCCUUAUCUUUCUAUUUUCAGCCCUAACCAUUAUAACUGUCGUCAUAAUUUUCAUCUUCCUCCUUCGCACCUGCUACUGAGAGUGUGAGAUACAAAAGGAGUGAUGUGGCAUUGUAAGCCUUGUGGGCUGCUGUAAUCCUGUCAGAGCACUAGAGUAGCAUGGCCCAGGCACUUUUACUGACAAAUACUUGUGGUUAUGUUUUCUGUGGGGGUUUUUUUUCAGCCUGAACCAUUCACUGCCUCAUGUUUCAAUCAUUGGAGUUUUUGAAAGUGAAGAGCCUCAAAUUGAAAACCUCUCACUGUAUGUUUGAGAUAGUAUCAAAUAUUAGACUAGAUUAUAGCUUACAAAUAUAUUUUAUUUUUCACCUCAGGGAGUCUUAAAGAUUUCAGUAAUAAGAUCUAUUUGUACUUUUUCAAGCUCCACUUUUGGUAAUUAUUGUUGUUUUUGAGGCAAAAAGAUGAAACCUUUGUUUCCCUGAAAGUAGCACAAAUGAAUGAGCACCCAGCUCUGCCCUCGUGCUCGUUCUUGUCUCCUAUUGUGUAAUGGUUAAGUAAGAUUUCUGGCAUACACACAUGGACCCUCGGGCAACAGCAUGAUUAACUUUCCCCCCUCCACUGACUUUGUUUUUAUACCUGUAUUAUAUACAUAUGUUAUUACAUAUGGUAUUGCACUGAAUGCAUUUUCUUUACAUACAGUUUGGUCGCACUUUGCCCUGACUUCACUGUAGUGUUUUAUUGUAGUGGUUUAUACCAGAAGUGCACAAUGAUACUCCACAUUUAAUGAAUGAAAACUUCCCCUAAUAAAUAAUGUAUGGAUGUGCAAUGUGCCAUCGAUUCAUUUUAGUUUUGCAUAUUAAAUCUAUGUUAAAUUAAGACAUUUUUACAGUCUGUUUGCAAACAGGUUUAAUACAAGCUCAGCAGGCUUUAGGAAUGCAGCUAAAUGGUGAACUUUUUUUUUUACAUUUAAUAGUUAACUUUUAUGUUGUAACACUGUUAUUCCAUCACUGAGAAGGUGUUCAUUACAAACCUAUAGAAAAAGAAGUUUCAGAUAAUGACAGUUCAAGGAGAAGGUCUGAAGGAGAAUGGUUAAAUGGAAAAGUUUAGAGGUUACAUUUAGAGUUUUAGGUUAGUCUAUACUGUACGUAGUCACAUGUACAUGACGAAAUAUGUGUUCAUAUGAAGCCUCUACUGAGAAACUUAUUUUAGUUUGUACAUAUUGGUUUACAGAUUCUGGUGAUAUCAUGCAAAAAAAAUUUUUUUUUUUUAUCCAUAUUUUUUUUUCUAUUUGAAUUUUUCUUAAAAAUCGAGCCUAACAUUUAGAUGGAAAUAGUUUCAACAAGAGGGACCAACUAAUCCGUGUGACUGUCUAAGGUGUGCAUGAAACUCACCUGACAAGUACGUCCCAAACAUGGAUAGAAGACUGCAGGUGUAAUGGAGAAGAAAUCCCAAUUAUUUUAAAAAUAUUUUAUCAUAUUCUUAAAUGAUACAAUUAUUCUGUUCUAUGGAUAGAAAUAUGAGUUAGAUAUAUACAUAUAUAUAUACACGUGUCUUCUGACAUUGUGUAUCGAUGGCAUAGGGAACUAAAAAAGUAGUGUGGUUGUCCUUGCACUGAAGAGAUUGAUGCAUGAUUUUCAUGUAAUGCACUCACUGUAUUGGUUCUGUUGUUCUCCCUUUAUUCAGUAUAUAAUAAACUUACCUUCUAUCUGUA